AUGACGCUCAGCAGGCGGUUUCUCAUCUUAGGGACAAUAUGCCUGCUGUACGGUACAGCGACGGCUCAAUCUAUGCUCGCAGACGCGCCGAAAUGUGCGAUCGACUGUCUAACCGAGCUCUCAAGCCAGAAGGAAUAUGCCGAGAUGGGACAGGAGGCUAUGUGCAGUAGCGAGCCGUUUGCCAAAGCGAUGGGUGUUUGCUUGAUGGUCAAGUGCUCUAUGAGACAGACUAUGGACUUCAUCAAAGAGUCUUCGGCUGCAUGCGGCAUCCCGCCGACCAACAAUACAACAUCGUAUCGAGUAAAUAGUACCGUCGUCUUUGCAUUUGCCCUCGUCUUCUUCGCCUUGAGAAUAGUAACUAAAUUCCGGCUUGGCCUUACAUGGGGAAUUGACGAUACCUUGACGACUUUAUCGGUUGCAGUUAUGAUUCCGUAUUAUAUCGUGCUGCAGAUCAUGCUUGCUUUGGGACUUGGUCUUGAUAUGUGGUUUAUAAGUGAUAGUCAGAUCAUACUGAUCUUCAAGUUAUUCAUCGUCAUCGAAGUUUUGUACUUGACCGCACUCGUCCUUGUCAAAGCAGCAAUCCUGUGCUUCUUCCUCCGGAUCUUCCCCGACCACAAGUUCAGAAUUGUAGUCAAGUGUACCAUGGUCUUUAACGCUCUGAUCUGGGUAGGGUUCUUCAUCUUCGUCUUCUUCCAGAUCCAGCCGUUUUCUCUGUUCUGGAAUGGGUGGCAGCAGAAGAAGGGCCAUCUUAUCCUGACCGGGUUUACUAAUUUCACUCUGCCGCUUGCGGGGAUAAAUCUGCUGCUGGACAUCUGGAUGCUCAUUCUGCCCAUGACGCAGCUCUGGGGGAUGGGGUUGAAGUUGAAGAAGAAACUCGGUGUCAUUAGCAUGUUCAGUGUUGGGAUAUUCCUUACAAUUGUCGCUGCGAUUCGAGUACGCGAACUUGUAGCUUUUCUACUUUCUCAGGACUUAACAGUCGAUCACGCGCAAUCAGCCUUCAUCUGGUCAAACGUGGAGAUUUCGGUCGGCGUCAUGGUCGCUUGCAUGCCGCACAUUCGGCAUCUGGUGAGACAUAUAAUAUCGCGAAGAAGAGCAAGGAAGGGUACAGAGCCAAGACAAAACAACAGAAAGAUAUUCGUCGAUCGAUCGCUUGCGACUAUUGAGGUGGGGGACUCGCAGGCCAUUGAACUGAAUGACGAAGGUGGACUCUUGACGGCCAAUACGUGUACGACAGCUUCAUCGGCGACAAGAGUUGGGACAACGUCGACGACAAAAGAGGGGAGAAAAGACAGUAAAUCAUAUGCGUCGGUCAGUUUUGCAAGCGAUGGAGAUACCCAAGUGUAA